AUGUUAUUAUUUGUAAUUUCAGUUGUUGCUACCAAUUCUUACAUACAAUCAACUAAUAAUUUGCUAAUUAUAAGUUUGGCGGCAGCCGACCUAUUAUUUGUUAUAUUUUGUAUACCGUUCACUGCUACCGACUAUGUACUCUCUAAAUGGCCAUUCGGUUUACUGUGGUGUAAAAUAGUUAAGUAUAUGAUUGCAGUUACUCUUCAUGCCAGUGCAUACACUUUAGUUUUAAUGUCUUUGGAUCGUUUUCUGGCUGUUGUGCAUCCAAUUACAAGUAUGUCUGUAAGAACAGAAAAGAAUGCAAUACUCAUAAUUGGAGCUGUAUGGAUUUCAAUUGCAAUUUCAGCUGUUCCAGUAGCCACUUCACAUGGAGUUCUGUAUUUUUCUAGCACAGGAAGUGACCUUACUGCAUGCUUGUUUCUUUAUACAAAUGGAUACAAAUUGGUAGUGUAUCAUACAUCUUUUUUUGUAUCCUCAUAUGCUGUACCAUUAACGCUUAUAACACUACUUUAUGUUGGUAUGUUGGCGCGUCUAUGGAGGGGAACACCUAUAGGACGAACUUCAGCAGAAUCGAGGUAA